UCCUCUGCCCGGCCUCCUCCUCCUACCUUAUUUAUUCCGCGUAUUCCACCGCCUUUAUUUAUUUAUCUUCGCCGGAAUAAUAAAAAAUGAGAAAAUCCGAGCGCUGCUCUUGGCUGCUCUCCACCAACCUGUCAGUGACGCAAGCGGAGACUACUUAAAGGCAGAUUAGAGGCAGCAAGACAUUAAAAGCCAACCUUCCUCCCGCCCCGCCGCCGGGCCGCCGCGUCGCGCCGCCACACGAGCACAGCGGGCCGGGCCGGGCCGGGCCGGCCGCCGCGGGGCCCCGAGCCGAGCCCAGCCGGGCCGAGCCGGGCCGAGCCGGGCCAAGCCGAGCCGAGCCGGGUCCGGAGUCCUCGGAAGGGCUGCCGCGUCCCUCCGCCUGCCCGCCGCCGGACUGUGGGCGGUAGGGGGGGGGUUGCUCUUUUGUUCGCUUUUCCUCCCCACCGCCCUCUGAAACAACAACCAAAUAAAAUUAAAAAAAAAAAAAAAGAAAAAAAAAGAAAAGGAGGGAAAUAAAAGCAGGAAGAAGUGAAGAGAUUCGUUUGCCCAAGUCUUUGUCUCCGGAUGAACAGCGAUGGGGGAAUGGACUAUUCUAGAGAGGCUACUGGAAGCUGCCGUGCAGCAGCACUCUACUAUGAUAGGAAGAAUCCUGCUGACCGUGGUGGUGAUCUUCAGGAUACUCAUCGUGGCCAUCGUAGGGGAGACGGUGUACGAUGACGAGCAAACCAUGUUCGUCUGUAACACGCUGCAGCCAGGCUGCAAUCAGGCUUGUUACGACCAGGCUUUCCCCAUUUCGCACAUAAGGUACUGGGUGUUCCAGAUCAUCAUGGUGUGCACACCCAGCCUGUGCUUCAUAACGUACUCCGUUCAUCAGUCUGCUAAGCAGAGGGAACGGAGGUAUUCCACUGUCUUCCUCACCCUGGAGAGGGACCAGGAUUCAAUGAAGCGUGAGGACAGUAAGAAAAUCAAGAACACGAUUGUCAAUGGGGUGCUGCAGAACACUGAGAACUCCACCAAAGAGGCAGAGCCAGACUGCUUAGAAGUGAAGGAGAUCCCCAACCCUGCCAUCAGAACUACAAAAUCAAAGAUGAGGAGACAAGAAGGCAUUUCUCGGUUUUAUAUCAUCCAAGUGGUCUUUCGAAAUGCCCUAGAGAUCGGAUUCUUAGUGGGACAGUACUUCCUGUACGGAUUCAAUGUCCCUUCCAUGUAUGAAUGUGACAGAUACCCUUGCAUUAAAGAAGUAGAGUGCUAUGUCUCUAGACCCACUGAGAAGACUGUGUUCUUGGUGUUCAUGUUUGCUGUCAGUGGCAUUUGUGUGGUGCUCAAUUUGGCAGAACUGAACCACUUGGGCUGGAGAAAGAUCAAAAUGGCAGUGAGAGGAGUACAGGCAAAAAGGAAAUCCAUAUACGAAAUCAGAAAUAAGGACCUGCCAAGAAUGAGCAUGCCUAACUUUGGCAGGACUCAGUCAAGUGACUCAGCUUAUGUGUGAGGCUGUGACAGACCUGAAACACGGUGCCAGGUGGAAGAAACCCAGACACCAUUAGAGAAAGGUACAUUGCUUAGGCAAGCAUUUUAUCAAACCACCAAGAAAGCCAUUAAGGUAUUGGAUCUGCACUUACUGAACUAGCUGCAAAAAUGCAGUGCUAUAUAAAAGACUGAAAAAACAGCUAUAAAACCAUGCUUGACCUAGCCUUACAGAUACUACUAUUACUACUUUUCUUUCUAACUAUUGGGUGUUAUUUGUUGGUGGAGCGGCUUUUUUUGGUCAUCAUUAGGAUGAGUUUACAGUUUGGACCGUCUGACUAAUUGUUGUAAAUGUGUAGGAUGUUCAUAUUAAAAUCUGCAAGGAUACUCUAUAUGGGGUGGGAUGGGGUGGGGGAAACUGUUGCAACGUGCAGAUGUAAGCAUGUUUUAAAAGGAGGGUAAUUGCACUGUAAGGAACCUGACCACAGCUCAAUCAGGACAUCUGCAUUCACCGAUCUCACAGAUGUCUGAUGUUAUUUUGCUUGUCUAAAUCACAGAGUUUAUUCCUGGUGUGUAUUACUAGCUAUUUUCUAACAUAGUUUGUACAUCAGUUAGUUAACGCUAAACAAUAAAUGCUGAAUAUAAUUUUGCCAUUUUUCGUUUGCCUGUCCACACACACACCAGCGACCUUAAUUAUCUUACGUUAGAUGUGAUCUACAAAAUAUAUCAGUACAUUUCAGUUCAUUCCCUAACGUGCAUGAAUAAGAUGGAAUUGGUUCGUGUCAGCCAAGUUAUGUAUUUACCUGCAGUUACCUAUGAUGACACACAUACCAAAGGAACAGAGUUAAUUGCUUUUAACUGUGAUUAUAUCACCUUCUCUCUACUCUUAUAUUUAUAUAAGUGCCAUACUUGAAACAUCCAACUCUGUACUUAGUCAAAAGGUUGUCUUGGGAUACCAGCUGGAAUAAAGUGAUUUUAUACUCUCCUAUGUUUAUUUUAUGUUGUUUGUUUUGUCAUUGCAAUGGUGUAAAAAGCAGCUAAAAUCUCUAUUGAUAAAUAAAGUACUUUUUUUUUUUUUUUUCUUUUUUUUUUGUAAGCCAGAGAGAUUUUUCUUUAUUAUUGCAUACAAUUGCAGAAACAUGCAAGGUCAAAAUAAUUGACUUACAGCAAUUACUCUUCAGGGUUUAAAGUGUCUUGUUGAUAUUCUGAACUCUAAGUGGUAAAACCUGGGAAAUCAGAACUAUUCAUUAUGUCUGUUUUCCUCCUUAAGCAAGCUUUCUCUGUGUUAAAGCCUGAUCCAAAGCCCACUGACACCAACAGCCUUCUUUCUGCUGACACUAAGGGCAACACAGUUGGCCGCCAAGGUCACUCUGGGAAUAGCCAGAGUACAUUUACCUUGUAAAUGAAACAAUUGCAGCUUUUCAUCAGGGAAUCCAAACAGUAACCUCAGCUUUUCUGCCUUAUAGCUGAUUCAAGAAAUAUACUGUUCCUGUCCCAUCAACUUACCUGUAAGCCACUGGGGCAGUCACAGAUAAAUCUCUAUUAAUAGCAACAAUUUUAAUAGAGUCUGCUAAGGACCUUAUUUAAUUCUCAUUGAAUUCAACAGCAAAUGUCUCACUGACAACAGUAGGACUUGGAUCAGGACUCAAAAAACAUACAAGUGCAUUCCUAACUAACUGCUAUCUGCCCUUUAAAGAAAAGGGCCAAAAUGGUGCUGGAAAAUUUGAGGAUAGUUUAUAAUACAUGAAGGAGACAACGGCUUGGAGCUGCAAAUGUUCUUUUGAUUGUAUUUUAUUUCAAGCCUGACAAUGGAUUUUAUGUGUUUUGGCCUGGAGAUAAUGCAUAUGAAUCUUUUCCUUUUGGAUUACAGUAAAUACUUUAACAUUUUGUUCUUGUGGUUUGCCAGCAUUGUCACAAAAAAAAAAAAAAAAAAAAAAAAAAAAAAAGUCAAUUAGUUCUUAGAUAGUAUAUUCAUUAUCAUUUUCAUUUGUGGGCUUUUUUUCUUCUGCUAUGAAACAUAAAAAUACUUUGAGAAGUGUCAUGUUUUUAAACAUUUUUAAAAAAUGUUUUUCCUUAUGUAUAAGAUGAAUAUUUUUUACAAAUUGAUUAUAGAAACUCUUAAAAUGGAUUUCUCAAAUGAUCCUCUGCAAUAUAAAUGCACAGUGAUACUGCUAGUUGACUGCAUGCUCACUGGAAAACUGCAUGUUAUUUUUAGAAAGACAACAUGGCAGCUAAAAUCUCCAUCUGCAAUAUAACAAGCUUCUAAAGAUUACUAUUUGACAUACAAAUCCAAGCCUGAUUUUCAUUCUGCAGAGUCCUGGGGUGGUUUGCAAAAUCUCCUUUGGAAUAUAUAUUGAAGAGGAAAAUGUUUGACAGUCAGAAGCAUUGUUUUAAUGUUGAAGAAAUAAGAGAUUGUGUGCAAAGGGCUUGAUCCAUUGCCAAUUAAAUUUGAAGGAAAAAACUCAUGCUGACUCCACUGGGCUUUGGUUCAGGUUCAGCAUGAUUUCCUGUCAGGCAGAAGCCCUAAUGCAAGUUAUAUCCUGUGGCUGCAUAACCAGUAUUCACUCAAGCUCUAGUGAAGGUGCAGAUCUUGAUAGCUGUAAGGUUUUAAUACCUUGAAUUUCUUUGCAUAAGACACAGAGAGGAUCUGUUUAUAAUAGUCAAUGCCGGUGAUGCAGUUCAUUCAAUUAUUUUAUGCAGUUCCAUAUUUUGUACACCAGUAAGCUGAGAUUUUUCAGAAUUUUCAAAAGAGAAGUAUAUAAGGAAAUGCCAAUGUUAAUUUGUGCAGCAGGAUCAGUGAUAAAGAAGGCAAGAACUCAUAUUUUGAUCAACGGAAAUGCAAUCCUCCAUAUUUUCACUAACUAGAAUAUGGCUUUUUGUAUUUCAGAAGAGAAAUGAAAUGGUAUCAGGAGAUCAAGUGCUAUAGUCUUCCUUUUCAACUGCUGUUUUUCAUUUUUACCUACUACCUAUUUGUCAUGUAAAAUUGCUAACGUUUUUUUUUGUCAAUGUAUCAUGUGAGUGUCAUAUGAUUAAUGCUAAUGGACUGUUUACAUGAAAGCUGGCUAUUCAUUUACAGAAUAAAUGCUUUAAAACUA